AUGCCUCGGGAAAUGAAAGACGGCCCCAUGGCCUGUCCCAAGGCCCAAAUCCAAACCUACCCAGCCACACUCAAGGGACUCCGCAUCAGCUGUCUCGAAAUCCUCGCAGAGCACGAGGCAAGUACUCCAGAUACACUCUGGCAGGAAACAGACGGCCCCGGUGACAUCCCAUCGACAGAAUCUGGGAAAGCUCUCCUAAAGCUCGCCACAGAAGUCUCCACAGCAAAGGGACGCCCGGUAUUCCCACCCAAGAACACGCGCCUAAGCGACGAGCUCGUCUAUCUUGCAACAAAACACCUUGGAGCCAAAGAAAGAGGCUACUACGUUCUGUGUGGCCGAUCUCACGCCACCUGGGUAGGAUGGCAUCUACGCCCUCGCUUCCAUCGCCAAAUGCUUUCAUGGCCAGUCUGGACAAUCGGUCCAGUCGUUGCGCCGGGGUCGGCUCUUAAAGAGCAUCGAUGCAUUGAGCGGCAGGCAAGAGUCUGGAAAAUGAAAUCUGCAAAGGAUGCUGAGUGGGGGAGAGAGAAGAAUGGUAUUGCGAGGGAUGUUGUUUCGUUUGCACAUGCGGAUGGGUCUGUUGUGCCGAAGGAUUCGAAGGGUGGAUUCUUUGUUACACAACUCUUUAGGGUGCAUGGGUACUCUGUUAGGGUUGGGCCGGAUUAUGGUGAUACGAAGAAGGCGAAUGUACAAGUUAGGGGAUUCUUUUCGAAGAAUCGUGCUCAUGAUUUUGAUUAUGAGGCUUGUUUGAAAAGACCUUAUCAGAAUUGGAGGAAGCCGAUGAUUUAUGGGGACCAUGUGGAGAGUGAGGGUGUGGAUUCGGAUGGGGAUACGGCGAUGGAUGAGCAGAGACAGGAGGACUUUCAGGAGCAGGAUCAAGAGAAUUCUGUGACGGAUGCUGAUCAGGAGAAUAGCAGGUAUAGUGAUGAGAAGACGGAUGCUGAUAGUGUGGAAAGUGGAGAGAUUAUCGAACAUGCCAAUGGGCACGUCGAUACGGCAUGUGAUAUUGUUCAGAACGAUGCCUCAAGUCCCGUGGUGGAGAAAGACCAGAUUGACUCAAUCGAAGAAAGUCGAGUAGUCUCUCAGAAUGAGGUCCAACAGGAUAUCCAGAAAGAGAUCGGAGUUUAA